AUGUUGCGUUUAGCUUCUUAUGUGCAAAAACAACUGAAAAAUCUAAUUGUGAAUAAAAAUCUAGACACCGAUUUUGCGAUAACAACACGCAUAGUUGGUGGGCAAACGAUCUCGAUCGCCUUGGUUCCCUCCGCGGUGGCUCUGGUAGAUAACCUUAAACAAUCAUACUGCACUGGUGCUUUGAUAAGUUCUUCCUGGAUAGCUACGGCUGCCCAUUGUGUGACGAAUCGAGAUACUCCGGCUUUUAUCCGAGUCGGAUCUAACUUUGGAAAUAAAAGUGGUAAGCUGUACGGAGUGGAAAAAAUAGUGAAACACCCGAAUUACCAUCCUAGUGGAUACGACUAUGAUUUGGCAUUGAUCAAGUUGACCAACGAUGUUCCGUUCAGUAGCACGGUGAAACCGGUAAUGUUGCCGGCCAUGAACGAACCCCCCCUACCGGUCGGAAAGAUGCUCAUUGUGUCAGGGUUUGGCAAAACUAAAACUUAUGAAGAUGUGCUAAAUCAGCAAAAGCUGCGCUCUGUAAACGUACCGAUUGUGAGUCAACACGACAGCCAGCUAGCCUACCCCGGCCGUGUAACAGACCGAAUGAUGUGUGCUGGAUAUCCUGACGGUGGUAAGGAUAGUUGCCAAGGCGAUUCCGGUGGCCCCCUCAUCGACGGUGAUACACUCGUCGGGAUAGUUUCUUGGGGCAGAGGAUGUGGCAUGCCCAAUUCCCCUGGAGUCUACGUCCGUGUCUCGGCUUUUCGUGAUUGGAUUAACGAAAUAACUGGAAUUUGAUCUAACGUUCCUCGACAACAUUCUCCGGGUAUUAAAAAAAAAUCAUUGCCAACUAAAAAAGACCGAAGAUAAUCAACAACAAUUCCUUAAACAUUCGAUUUUCGGUUUUUCUAUAUCAAACCAUUUGGAAAUUAAGAAAAUAAAUGAAAAAUUAAAAUGUAAAUAUCUUGCGUUUUCUUUAUUCAAGUAUCACAAUUGGUAUAAACAU